UCAUCCUUUAACAAUAUCACUGGCUGAAAAGGUUGAAAAGUUGGUGGGAGAGUAUGUUGAAGCCAUGGAAAAGGUUAAGCUCAAGCAGGGCCUGAAAACUGCCAUGCUGAUUUCAAAUGAAGGGAACUUUUACUUACAAGCAAACCAAUUCUGGAAACUCUACAAGGACGAUAAACCUUCUUGUGCAAUUGUUAUAAGAACUGCUGCUGGUUUAGUACACCUUAUUGCUCAAUUGUUAGAACCUUUCAUACCAUCCUUUUCUUGUGAGGUAUUUAAACAACUAAAUUUGCCUCCACAUUUUUCUCUCUCCGAUGAGAGGGGGGAGGUAUUACUAGCAAGUAGACCAUGGGAGAUUCUACCUCCCAGCCACAUGAUAGGCACCCCUCAACCUUUGUUCAAGGAGUUGGUUGACGAAGAAGUGCAACAGUACAGAGAAAAGUUCGCUGGAAGUCAGGCUGAUAGACGUGCUAGGGAUGAAGCAGCAAAUUUGAGAGACCAACUUAAUAAAACAAAACUUUCAGAUGCCAAGAAACAAAAAGCAUCAUCAUCAAAAAGCGGAGGAAAACCCAAACCUCAACCGGCUGCUGAUCGUGAAGUAACUAUGGCAAGACUUGAUAUCCGAGUUGGUAAAAUUUUGAAGGCUGAGAGACAUCCUAGGGCAGAUGCAUUGUAUGUAGAAGAAAUUGAUGUUGGGGGAGGUGAAAUCCGCACUGUUGUUAGUGGACUGGUCAACUAUAUACCUCUUGAGGAAAUGCAGAACCGUAUGGUUUGUGUUCUUUGCAACUUGAAGCCGGCGAAGAUGAGGGAUAUCGUGUCGCAAGCAAUGGUUCUUGCAGCUUCCAGUAGUGAUGGCAGCAAGGUGGAGUUAGUUGAGCCCCCUGAAUCUGCUAUUAUUGGUGAGCGAGUUACAUUUCCCGGGUUUGAAGGCGAGCCAGACGAUCUCUUAAACCCAAAGAAGAAAAUAUUUGAGACACUCGCGGUGGAUCUACACACAAAUGAGAAUCUAGUUGCUUGCUACAAAGAUGUGCCCUUCACUACAUCUGCAGGUGUAUGCAAAGUUUCAUCCAUCAGCAAUGGCCCGGUCCGGUAAAAGCUUACUUGAGCCAUAAGCGACAUCUGAAAUUCUCCAUUUCUAUAUUUUUUUUUUGUAAGAGGGAAACGAAACGUAUUUCCAAGAUUUCGUUUGAGAAGUUUAUUCUAAUUACAAACAUGUUGUAAACUUUUAAAGUUUGGUACAAUUUUGGUUCUUGAUUUGAUGUUGUGAGAAAAUUUCAUC